AUGCCACCGAUAAUACUUUUCAACUCUAGUACGACGGUCAUAGGUCGACGUCUGGACUGGUACCUCACCAUCCGUGGUGUCCCGUUUUACCUCUGUCAGGUCGACAACGUGAUGCCACGUCCGGUCCUCGGACGGUUGGGGGUGAGGUACCGUCGAAUACCGAUCCUGGCCGUCGGUCGUGACGUGUAUUGCGAUUCGCGAUGCAUCAUACGAAUGUUGGAAGAGAGAUACACCGGUACCGCCGGUACCACCAUUCCACGGCUAGGGGCAGAUCCGACGGCACACCCUUACGAAGCCGCGAUCGAACGAGUUCUGGAAACUUGGGCGUUGGAGGUUUUGUUCUUGAGGACAGGCUCGCUGGUCACCUACGAUUAUUUUGUCGCUCAAAGUCGAGAGUUCAUCGAGGAUCGAAAACAGCUCACCGGGUGGACGACCACGAAAGAAGGCAUGGCUGGAAAAAUCCCAGAUGCUCAGACGUCAACCAGAAUCACACUCGAGAUUUUGGACGGUAUGUUGAGUGACGGUAGACAGUUUUUGGGGACCGUUGACGACCGACAGAGGCCCGGCCUGGCUGAUGUACAUGUCGGUUGGGUAUUCGAUUGGUUGUACAGAGGUCAAGGAAAAGGUAGUAUGAAGAAUGCUUACCCAGAAUUGUUGGAUCAAAAUCAAAAUGCUAGGGUCGUGGCUUGGGUCAAGAGGAUCAAUGAGGCUGUUGAAGAUAAAAAGAAACAAAAGACAACAAGUCAUCCGGACAACUCCUCAUCGGGUCGUUUUCCUCUGUAUCCGAUACGUAAAAUUGACGAGGACCAAGCAGUCAAAAUGAUCGAAGAGGCUGAGUUUUGGGAAGAAGAAACCCUACAAAUGGUUCGGUGGGAUCCUACAAAUCUCCAAAACGAAAAAGGUGUCGAGGUCGAUCUUUACACGACCGACUUACCUAGUGGGUUCCAGAACAAGGAUACUGGAGAGUUGGUGGGACUGACGGCCGAAAAGGUCACCAUCGUGACGAAAACAAAAAACGGAGUCAGUGUUCGCAUCCACUAUCCUCGAAGUAACGUCAAGGUCGCAAGGGCGAAGAGUAUGUUGUGA